AUGAAGGCUUUAAAACCGUGGAAAUACCCUAAUUCAGUGGAAAUAUCUGAAGCCAAUCAUUUGAUACUAAGACGAUUAGCAUAAAUAGAUAGAAGACCUUUCUAUAACUUUAAAGAUCAAACGAAAGAAUUUCGCAAACAUAUCGAAAUAGUUGAGAAUCGAAAAAAAUGGUUUGCUAUAUCUAGAAGUUAUUCUCCAGUUCCAUAUCGCAGAAAGAAACUGUGACUAUUAUUAGAUAUUGUUUUUUAAUAAAUAUAAGUAAUUAAGAUUCAUAUUAAACUGAGGUAUUCCUUCUAUUAAGUCCAUUUCGCCAUAAUUUGCAACUAAAAAAGAUAAUUAGAAUAGAUUUUACCCUUCUAACUUUAGUUAAUAGAUUUUUAGCUUUUUCAUUAGAAUCUAAAACAGUUUUUAAAUCUGUAAUAGCAGUACUCCAAGGGUAUGCACCAUUAGCCAAUAAAAUAUGUGUGAUUUCCAAAUGGUUUUCCUCUAUUGAUAAAAUUAAUGGUGUUCUAUAUAAAAUAUCAAUUCCAUCNAAACAUAUGUAAAACCGAUUGUACCAAAAAGUGUAUUACCUUAUCCUCCUAGAUCAAAGAAACAGCUUCGAUAAUUACUGUUGAGAGCCAUUAAUAAGAUAAAGAAAUUAGGUUUAACUAUUAAGUAUGUAAUGUAAAAUAAGAUAUUUUCAAAAAAACCAUAUGAAAAACCACUUUCAAAACAAUUUAUUCAUGCAGCUAAAAAGAAUUAAAUAGAUGAAAUCAAUAAUCUUCUAUCAAUCAAUCCUUAUCUUGUUUUUGAUUUUGAUUUUUAUAAUAUGACUGCACUUCAUUGGGCAUGUAAAAAAGGUUAUGUAGAAUUAGUAGAAUUGCUUUUGUAAUAUCAUUCUGAUGUUGAUGGAAUUGAUAUUUUAUAUAGAACACCAUUAAUUUUAUCAAUAGAGGAAAACCAUUUGGAAAUCACACAUAUUUUAUUGGCUAAUGGUGCAUACCCUUGGAGUACUGCUAUUACAGAUUUAAAAACUGUUUUAGAUUCUAAUGAAAAAGCUAAAAAUCUAUUAACUAAAGUUAGAAGGGUAAAAUCUAUUCUAAUUAUCUUUUUUAGUUGCAAAUUAUGGCGAAAUGGACUUAAUAGAAGGAAUACCUCAGUUUAAUAUGA